AUAUAUUUGAUAUGUUCAAGCAUCAGCAAGUAUUAGAAAAUCUAUAAAAAAUGAUUGGUGAACACGCCUAGUGGUCAUUUUUAUACUGGACUGAUUACAUAAUUUCCACCUUGUGCAGGUUGCUUAAACUGCCUCAAAGGUAAAAUAUGCGGGCGCCUUUAUUAAAUAUGUCAACUUAGUGCAAAAAGAAUAAUACAUCGUGACGAAGAGCAUAUAUAAUUAUGAACAGAUAGCAAUUAAACAGUAUGCCAAUUCAGAGGGUAUAUUACUUCAAUUUAUAUGUGUGUAGUAAUUCGUUUCAAGUGUUAGCGUGUGUUUUAAUAACUUUUUUUUUUAAUCGUUCAGACUUGCCUAUUAGUUUUCCUCUAUUACAAGUGUCGACGUUUGCACCUUAGUAAUUAAUAAAUAAUAUUGUGUAACAGACAAGGCUAUCAGUCAUUUAACCUUCCAGACCAGACAUUAUAUUCCUAACUCAACAUAAAUAGCAGGCCUGCCUACCAGUACUAACUAUGCGCAGUCCAGUGCCACACAUACAGUACAGCAGGAGUAUGUGCCUAGUUAUCGUUCUAGAUUGUACAUUUGUAAAUUUAAAAAUGGUGUAUUUAUGAUGCUAAUGGAAUGCAUUAUUUGUUUAGCCGAUGUCUUAAGGGUCACCAGGAAGAUACGCAGUUAAAUAAAAAAAAAACAAGUGUUGCCCUUUAAGAACAGGACAUAGAGACUGGGCUAAUUUGUGGUUGUCCACCAGUAUAUGCUCGUCUGAUGGUUUGUUGUGUUUUUUGUGAGAGGCAUGCUUGUUUUUGGAAUCCGAGUGUAAGCGUGAGUUGUCAAAUGUAUGGAUUUGUGCAGCGCCUGUCAAGCCAUGGAGUACAGCAAUGAUGAUGAUGAGCCUCAGUUUGGUAUGGAUGAAGAUGAGGAUGAUACCGAAUGGAGAUAUAGUAGCUUUGAUGUAGCAGAGGAUAUUAGGCCUGCUGAAGUUUUCCUUUCUUCUUCAUGCAGCAGUGAGGUCGCAUCAGGUUCUGUGUUUCAUGGGAAGGGGCCCCAUAGAAGACAAAACAACAAUCGGGUCAUAUUGCACUUUGACCUGGACUGCUUCUAUGCUCAAGUGGAAAUGAUCCGUAACCCGGAAUUGAGAGACAAACCUCUAGGUGUUCAACAAAAGUACCUUGUGGUCACUUGUAACUAUGUGGCCAGAAAACAUGGAGUGAACAAGUUGAUGUCAGUGAUAGAUGCAAAAGAGAAGUGCCCCCAGCUGAUAUUUGUCAGUGGAGAGGACCUGACCCACUACAGGGAAAUAUCCUAUAAGGUUACAGAAUUACUGGAGGAGUACUCCCCACUGGUAGAAAGACUUGGGUUUGAUGAAAACUUUGUGGAUGCCACUGAACUUGUGGAGAAUAGACUGAGACAUGUUGCAUCUUCUGAUGUCUCUGUAAAUGGUCACAUAUAUAACAAUCAGUCUAUAGACCCUCGUGUUGAAGAACACAUCAGGCUGGCUGUUGGAUCCCAGAUUGCCGCUGAGCUGAGAACUGCCCUUUACAAGAAACUAGGUCUUACAGGCUCUGCUGGAAUUGCCACAAAUAAAACACUUUCCAAACUCGUCUCUGGAAUAUUCAAACCUAACCAGCAAACAACAUUGCUGCCAGAAAGUACUGCGCUCCUAUUGAGUUGCCUGGAGCACCUGAAAAAAGUGCCUGGAGUUGGUUACAGAACUGCUCAGAAGCUUCAGUCACUGGGACUCUCCAGAAUACAGGAUUUGCAGGUCUUUCCCCUAGCAACACUAGAGAAGGUGCUUGGGGCCGUGGCUGCCCAGCGCAUUCACAGCCUGAGCCACGGAGUCGACGAGGCUCCCGUCACCCCUUCAGGGCCCCCUCAGUCUCUUAGUGAUGAAGAUUCCUUCAAGAAUAUCUCUACAGAAACUGAGGUUGUGCAAAAGAUUGAAGAACUGUUGACCAACCUCCUAGACAGGCAUUGUACUGAUGGAAGACAGCCUCGUACAGUCCGGCUCACUAUCAGGCGCUUUUCAGCAACUAACAAGUGGUUCAGUCGGGAGAGCCGGCAGUGUCCCAUUCCAAACCAUAUUGGCCAGAGAAUUACCACAGGUAACUCUGAUGUCAUGGCCCCACUAGUGGAUAUUUUAAUGAAGCUAUUUCGAAAAAUGAUUGACUUGAAAGCACCAUUUCACCUAACUCUUCUAAACGUGUGCCUGUCAAACCUGCAGCCUGCAUCAACCUCCACCAGAAGCUCUAUUGGGUUCUUUUUAAAACAGCCCAAUCAGUCUUCAUUCAAAUUGAAUUCCAUUAUUUGUAGCCAGGGUGAGUCUGGCACCAGUACACAUGCAAAGAAUCAGGUGUUAAGCAGACACAAGCAUUUUGAUAUAGCAGCUGGUGACCUGAAAGAAACAAAUAUCAUGACUGCUUCUGGAGAGAGCGAGGCAGAUUCCAAAAAUUUACCAGACAAGCAGCAGAUAAAGAGCGGAUCGUCAUCACCAGGGACAGACCUUUAUCUUCCUCCGGGGAUUGACCCGGAGGUUUUCAGACAGCUCCCUGAAGACAUUCAGAGAGAGAUUACUUCAACAAUAUCCACCACCCUGUCUAGUGGUGCUUACAAGCAGAACAAAAUGACUUUACAGAAGACAGCCUCAAAAGGUGACAUUUCACACUCUCUGCGGCAGAAUCCACAGUGUGAAAGCUUAAUCUCUUCAACAGCUAAAGCGGAGAGUUCACACUCCUUGUCAGUUGAAUGCAGACAAGAUGCACAAAUCCAACCAAAUAAUAUUGAUUACUCCAGCACACAGGUUGCUGGUAGCAGUGGAGGACACACUGAACCACACAGUUCAUCCAGCAUGGAUGCAGACCCAAUGGACCUUCAGACUAUAAAUCGAGCAGAUCAGGUUCCCUCCCACGUGGACCCAAAAGUGUUUUCAGAACUGCCUGCAGAGCUUCAGCAGGAACUGUUAAACGAGUGGAAACAACAGGAAACUGUUUCUAAAAUCCAUGUCAAUAAACAUAUUGGUAAAGCAAGAACAGCCAAAGAAACCAAACAGAUUUCAGCCAAAAGUACUCAGUCUAACAGUUUAUUUAAAUAUUUCAAGCCAACCUGAAUUCAUUGAAUACUCAGCAUUGUGUGUGUGUAUACAUACAUAUUUUCUAAACUUAUUUCUAGUAAAAUGUGUAUUUAGUGUAAAAACAUUAAUGCAUCUUUACCAUUUAAAAAAAAUAAAAAUUAUUCAGCAAAACUCAAAACAGAGUGACUACUGAACGUUUUCAAAGUAGUUGUUACAUUAUCAAAAGUGAGAUGAUAAAAGCCCUUGUGCCUUUUAUUUUGCUAAUUUGUUUUUGUUCGUUGUCUGUUCUGUUGUUUGUAAAAUAAACGUGCGCAUUUGCAUUUAAACUUGCA